AUGCUCAGGUACUUCCCGCGCAGGUCCCUCCAUGUGUCCCGAACCCUCAACUGGAAGCUCCGGGAUGAGUACAAGCUGACCCGGCCCGAAUUACAAGACCGGAUUUCCAAUCUCCUCGUCCUCCAACGGUAUGAUGCUCUUGACAAGCUGAAGCUGUCCUUUGAGUUCUCCGACCAACUCCUCAACACCAUCCUCCGAAAACUGAAGCUAAACCCAGUAGCCUGCUUAAGCUUUUUCAAAUUGGCUUCAAAGCAGCAAAAAUAUAGGCCCAACCUCAAGUCUUAUUGUAUAAUUGUUCAUAUAUUGUCUAGAGCUCGAAUGUACGAUCAAACCAGAGCGUAUUUGAACGAAUUGGUCGGCCUCUGCAACAAUAAUUAUUCAGCCUCUGUGGUCUGGGAUGAGCUUGUUAGGGUUUAUAGGGAAUUUACGUUUUCACCCACUGUUUUCGAUAUGAUUCUCAAGGUGUUUGCUGAGAAGGGCAUGACCAAGUAUGCACUGCAUGUGUUUGACAAUAUGGGUAAGUGCGGUCGAUCUCCGAGUUUAAGGUCUUGUAAUUCUUUGUUGAGUAAUUUGGUCAGAAACGGCCAAAGUCACACUGCAUUGCUUGUUUAUGAGCAGAUAAUUAGGUUCGGGAUGGUUCCUGAUGUCUAUACCUGUUCAAUAAUGGUAACCGCGUAUUGUAAGGAGGGGAGGCUGAGUAGAGCGCUGGAAUUCGUCAAAGAAAUGGAAAGUUCGGGUUGUGAAUUAAACGUAGUGACUUACAAUAGUUUGAUUGAUGGGUAUGUUAGUUUGGGAGAUGUUAAAGGCGCCCAAUUGGUGUUGGGGUUGAUGUCUGAAAGGGGAAUUAUGAGAAAUGUGGUGAGUUAUACACUAUUGAUUAAGGGUUACUGCAAGCAGUGUAAGAUGGAGGAAGCGGAGAAGGUGCUUCGGGGUAUGAAGGUGGAGGAGUCUGGGGUUGUGGAUGAGCGUGCUUAUGGUGUGUUGUUAGAUGGGUAUUGUAAAGCUUGCAGAAUGGAUGAUGCUAUUAGGAUUCAGGAUGAGAUGUUGAGCACAGGCUUAAACAUGAAUAUUUUCAUUUGCAACUCCUUGAUCAAUGGGUACUGUAAGGGUGGUCAAGUUCGUGAAGCGGAGGGAGUGUUGUUGCGGAUGAGAUAUUGGAACUUAAAGCCCGAUUCUUAUAGUUAUAAUACCCUGAUGGAUGGGUACUGUCGGAAAGGUCAGACAAGUGAGGCACUGAAGCUUUUCCACGAUAUGCUUCAGGAAGGAAUCAAUCACACUGUUGUAACUUACAAUAUGCUUCUCAAGGGUUUAUGUCAAGCGGGUGCUUUUGAUGAUGCUUUGCAUCUUUGGCAUCUGAUGUUGAAAAGAGGGUUGGCUCCUAACGAGGUUAGCUAUUGUUCUAUGCUUGAUGGGUUUGUCAAGAAGGACGAUCUCAACGGGGCUAUGACUGUAUUUAAAGAAAUUUUAGCAAAAGGUUUUACCAAAAGCAGGGUUGCUUUCAAUACAAUGAUUAAUGGGUUAUGCAAGAUGGGUAAAUUGGUGGAAGCGGAGGAGAUUUUCGAUAAGAUGAAGGAGCUAGGAUGUUUGCCUGAUGAGAUGACUUAUAGAACCCUGAGUAAUGGUUAUUGUAAGGUUGGGAAUGUUGAAGAAGCUUUGAAAGUUAAAAGUUUGAUGGAAAGGCAAGCGAUAGGUCCUUCCAUUGAAAUGUACAAUUCUCUCAUCAAUGGUGCCUUUAUGUCCAGGAAAUUAAGUAAAGUGAUGGAUCUUCUUGCUGAGAUGCAGACAAGGGGACUAUCCCCUAAUAUUGUUACAUAUGGAUCCCUUAUAACUGGUUGGUGCAAUGAAGGGAUGCUGGAUAAAGCCUUUAGUUCAUAUUGUGAGAUGAUAGACAAAGGGUUUAUCACCAAUUUAAUUAUUUGCAGCAAAGUUGUCAGUACUCUGUAUAGGCUUGGCAGGAUUGAUGAAGCAAAUAUUCUAUUGAAGAAGCUAGUGGAUUUUGAUCUUUUUUCAGAUUGUCUAUCUUCUUCGAAGCUUUGCAAAGUUGGCAGUAGACAUCAAGAAAUUCAGAAAUUUUCAGAUUCUCUUGAUGAAAGUGCUAAAAGCUUCUCUCUGCCCAACCAUGUUGUAUACAAUAUUGCUAUCUUCGGACUCUGCAGAUCAGGGAAAGUUGCCGAUGCAAGGAAAUUUUUAUCGGAGUUGUUGAUUAGUGGCUUUUCUCCUGACAAUUUUACAUAUUGCACCCUAAUUCAUGCCACUGCUGCUGCUGGUAAUGUGAACGAGGCUUUCAACCUACGAGAUGAAAUGCUGAAAAGGGAUCUUGUUCCUAACAUUACCACAUACAAUGCUCUUAUAAAUGGCUUGUCCAAAUCAGGAAAUUUGGAUCGAGCACAGAGGCUUUUCCGUAAACUUUACCGAAAGGGGUUAGCUCCUAAUGCUGUUACCUAUAAUAUAUUGAUUAAUGGAUACUGCAGAAUUGGCAAUACUGUUGAAGCCUUUAAAUUUAAAGACAAGAUGGUUCAAAAAGGGAUUUCCCUCUCUAUUAUCACUUACUCUACAUUGAUCAAUGGUCUUUAUAAGCAAGGAAAUAUGGAAGAAUCUGUGAAGCUUUUGAGUCAAAUGAUCAAGGUGGGAGUGCAACAUAACCUUGUUAAUCACAUACUCCAGUAUGGUGCUAUAAUCGAGUCUCUCAUUCCAAAUGGGUAUUUUGUUACUUAUGAUGGCUGGGGGAAUAGAGAAGAGGGUCCAAACCCCUUUUCGUGUAAGAAGAAAAAGACUCAGAAAAACCCAGAUCUUCAGUACAAGACUCUGAAGUUCCAUGCAGGAAAGGAUGGAGAUACUACUUUGAGGAGUCGUAAGAAGCGGAAUAGGUCACGGAAAGGCAAAAGGCUAAAAGUUUUGAAAUUUGGCCAAUUAAGCCCAAUCAAAUCCCAGCAAAGUACUUACUAUGACACCUGCAGACAUCAUGAGCAACUCAGGCCAAUGCAACCACUGAAGAAUGCAGCCUCUAUGACAGAGGUGUAA